AUGGCAUCAGCUCUACGAAUAGGCCAGGCGGUCAAGGGUGUAAGAGACGUAUAUGUCGUCGCGCAGAAGCUUCACGACCAAGUCUGGAGCGCAAGCACUACGGCGCAUAAACAAGUCGUGCUCAAAUGWGCGCCUGAGAUUCGUCUUCAACGCGAAAAGCAAAUUUUGCAACAGUUUGAGGGCGAUUCGUGCAUCAGAAACUUCAUCGACUAUGRCAAAGAACCUCCUUUUCUAGUAUUGGAGCACCUCGAGCUUGAUGCACUGAAGUGGUCAAGCGAAGCAAGAGUUUCGAGGCAAGACAUCAAACUCAUCGCUCACAGCAUUCUUUCCGCAUUAGGAUCCCUACAUGCAAAAGGAAUAGUCCAUACAGACAACAUACUCCUCAAUUUCGACGCAAACGGCACGAGAGUUGUGGAGGCUAAAUUAGCCGACUGCGGCGACGCUUGCAACGUCGAUCUAGAGACUGGUCCUCGCGGUACAGCCCAUGCAAUCGGAGCUGCUAUUUUUCGAAGCCCAGAAGCCUUAUUGGGGCUGAAAUGGUCGACUCCAACAGAUAUAUGGUCUUUCGGCGCCACGCUUAUCAGCCUUAUUUUUGGGCGAGGUUUUCACAUUUUCAAGCCUCUGAAGGUAUCGGCCGAUGACGCCGAAUUUCCUGCGCAUGUCCUGAUACAACAAGCGAGAUACUUUGGACCCUUUCCAUUGAGCUACAAGACGCUUUUAGACGAAGAACAGGAACAGAUCCUGGCUGCGAUUCACAUCUACAUAGAGGAGCAGGGUAUUCGGAAGCCGUUCUCCCAGGUGGAAGACAACGAGAUGACCUCGGAAGACAAGGCAUUUCUCUGUGGAAUCAUGAAAUUAGACCCGAGGGAUAGGCUAACGGCAAAGGAGUUGCUUAAACACGAUUGGUUUGAUAUGCCGUAA